GUCACUUCCUGUGAUCCACAAUUUUAAAAAUAUUGUCCUUCUCAGUAAUGGCGGCUUCCUUCCCUUCUCCUUCUGCAAUAAACAACAACAAAUGGUACUUCACCCGAGAACAGAUCGAGAAUAGCCCGUCUCGCCGUUCGGGGCUUGAUCCAGACAAAGAAUUGUCCUACCGACAACAAGCUGCGAACCUUCUACAGGACAUGGGACAACGACUCAAUGUGUCCCAGCUAACAAUUAAUACUGCCAUUGUGUAUAUGCACCGAUUCUACAUGAUCCAGUCGUUCACCAGGUUCCACAGAAAUGUCAUAGCUCCAGCAACACUAUUCCUGGCUGCAAAGGUUGAGGAGCAGCCCCGCAAGUUGGAGCAUGUUAUCAAGGUGACCCAUGCAUGCCUCAAUCCUCAGGACCCUUCACCAGAUGUCCGCAGUGAUGCUUACCUGCAACAAGCCCAAGACCUGGUCAUUCUUGAGAGCAUUAUACUCCAGACCCUGGCCUUUGAAAUCACCAUUGACCACCCACAUACUCAUGUUGUCAAGUGCACCCAGCUAGUCAGAGUUGUUCCAGCGAGUAAGGAUUUGGCCCAGACGUCAUACUUCAUGGCUACCAACAGUCUACACCUGACCACAUUCUGCCUGCAACACAGCCCGCCCAUCGUGGCCUGCGUUUGCAUCCACCUGGCCUGCAAGUGGUCCAACUGGGAGAUCCCAGUCUCUACAGACAGCAAGCACUGGUGGGAGUAUGUGGACAAUACUGUCACCCUCGAGCUGCUGGAUGAGCUCACCCACGAGUUCCUGCAGAUCUUGGAGAAGACACCAAGCCGAUUAAAACGCAUUCGCAACUGGAAAGCGGCAGGUCAGACAGUGAAGGGAGGGAAGUCCAAGGUGCCAGAAGACGGCGAUCAGACAGAUGGCAUGAUGAGCAUGGUCUCCAUGUCGUCAUCUGAGACCACGCUGGGUGGCCUGAUGAGCCUCUCCAACCCUCUCUCUUCAUCUUCCUCCUCCAUGGCUCCCAUACUACUGGAGCUCAAGUCGACACUUGGCAGUGGUUCCGACCAGCCCAGCCACGCCGAGCUGCACGCCCCGGCCAAGGUGUCACUGAGCGAGUACCGGGCCAAGCACGCUGACGUCCUGGCUGCUCAGAAGAGGAAGCUGGAGAACAUGGAGGCCAGCGUGAAGAGGGAGUACGCCACGGCAGCCCAGGCUCUGAUAGGCCAGCAGCAGAGGAAGGAGAAGCACCACCGUGACCAGCAGCAAUCCAGCUCCCACCAUUCCAGCUCGGCCUCCUCUGACCUCAGCAGCCCCUCGCCCAUCAUCCUCAAGAUCCCCCUGGAAAAGGAGAGGGGCGAGCGCAGCUCCCUGAAGAUGCGCCUCCCUCUGGGGUCUGGGGGAGGCGGGGGGCAUAGUGGAGGAGGGAACAGAGGAGCAGGAGGAGAAAAGGACAUCAAAGUGAGAAUUCGGGUGCCUGAGAAAGUACGCAGUGGAGGCUCGGGAGAGGAGGGGGGCAAGACUAGGGAGGGAAAGCACCGAGAACGUUCCAACCACCAUCAUCACCACCACCACCACCAUCAUUCAUCGUCAUCUUUUAGCGGUGCUUCUGUCUCUUCGUCCUCGUCACAUAAACACUCAGCCAGUGCUGUAGGAGGAAGCAGCAGCAAAAAAGCCCCCAGUGACUCGUCUAGAAUGAGCUCCUCUUCCUCUGUGUCUCGAAAGAGGACACAUUCCACGGAGUCCCAGGGCUCCCACUCGUCCAAAGUCUCUAAGUCCUCCAGGAACUCAGCUCACCAGCUGCCUGCUCUUUUAGCUGCCUCUGGAGCACACUCCCUGGGGGCACACCCCACUGAUAUCCUCCCCUCCCUGGGUCUCCCCUCCCUCCACCAGGGCAACUACUCUCACUCCAAGGGGGACAAGCCGGACACUAACGGACACAAUGCAGGUGUUGGCAGCCAGUCGAAUGAGUAUCAGGACACGUUUGAAAUGCUGAACUCUUUACUGAGUGCUCAGGGGGUGCAGCCUGUCCAGCCUCCCAUGUUUGAUUGCCGGUCUCAGUACGUGGAGUACAGAUACAGCGGCGGGUCUAGGGGGGGAUCUCGACCACCACCUCUGCCUGCUGAACCUCCACCUCCGCUACCCCCUCUACCCAAGUGAUCCCUGAUGAAGGGGUGAAUUACUGACAGUGUACCUGUAGAUGCGUCCAACCAUGUUACAUAAGAUAUUUGCUCUGUGAAUUUUGUCCCUUUUUAUGUGUUUGUAUGGAUCAUGUUGUGGUUUUCAACUUGACAGCAAAGAAAUGUACCAAUACAUACUUUUCAGUGAUGUAGGUGCUGAAGUGUGUCCCUCGUCACAUCAUAUUCAAUACAUCUGUGGGGCAAUAACAGGAGGUGUGAAAGAAAAGCUUGCAAAAAAUUUGAAACGAACAGAAUUAAUUUAUUCACAAUGUAAAUACUUUAUCAUGAUAUGAACUCAAAUCAAAUUUUAUGGAAUGGCGGGCAUAAUAUUUGAGCCAUAGCUGUUUUUAAAAGAAAGUCAAACGUUACAUGUUUGAAUGCCUAUUAGAGGAAACAAACUUGUUUGCUUCACUUACUACAUUUUAAAGUCUUGUUAACAAUGAGUCUUUUCCAGAAUGUUUUUGAAAUAUACUAUUUAUUAUUAGUAUUGAAUGCUUUUGAGGAAGUUAAAAAAAAAUAAAUA